AUGGAUCACGUCUCAACGCUUUGUGCCUUGAGCACGGUAGGUAUAGCCACGACCGGCCUUGCCCUCGGUCGAGUCGAUCGAUCAAAGCCUAAGAUCUUUCGGCGAAAAACAGUAUCCCACGCCCAGCCUCUUCUCAUACCUUCCGAACCUCCUACCCCCGUUGAUGGACGGCCGAUGACUUCGCGAGCAGGCUGGCCCCCUCAAUCGGGGCCAGAGGGACCUGUCGCGGAACGAAUGCCUGAUGGGCUGGGACAAUCUCUUGAGGAUCAAGGUCAAGGUCAGGAUCUUCGGCGAGCAUCCUUGUCCUUUGGGGCAGCGCGGUUGCGCCGUCGUGGUCAAACCCUAACCAGCCCUCCGUUGCGCAUCCUGGAAGAUGAACAUGCCGACGCCCAAUACUCCCAAGAAUCACACUCGCGACGUCCUUCCACCAGCUGGCUGCGUCGAUUGUCAAUGGUCUCAUUUCAAACAGAGAGCCCGGCUACCAACAGUCCGGUGACACCAUCGUUCAAUGGUUCUGCAAGCCCCAUUCUCCCACGCCCUCCCAGUCAGCGUAGAGCUCCGAACAAACUUGUGAAGCGCACCUCGUCGCAACACUCCAAUGCCAAUCCGCUCUUUAUCACCAACACCCCGGCUUCCCCGUCAUCUGGUUUGUGCCGACCGGCCACGAGUUAUCAAAGAUCGGAGACCAUGCGCUUGCAGUCUCCCCUUGUCGCUGAUUUUGGUCCACGCUUUUCAGGGUCGUAUUAUGUUGAAUCUCCUUCUGCAGAGGAGUUUGAAAUCCAUCCUGAAAUUAAUUGGAAACCCUACCUGCUCCCCAAGUUGGAGGGGUUUUCGGAGAAGUUGGUGCGCCGAUUAUCAACCACUGCUAGUCCCAAAUCACAGGGCGUAAGGCGGAUAACAUCUGAUCAAGAUGCACUCCCUGCACUGGUUUUGGCGACGACGUUCACUGUGAAGACCCCCUUGCCACAAGAAGCCCCUGCGCCUAAUACCGUGGUGGAAUUCCGGAACCCGUUCCAGACAGACCAGGCAGAGAAUCCCGUGAAGGCCGCUUCUCCGCCGGUGCCUGUGAUAUUGUCAGCGGUGCCGCCGGAAAAGCUAGUUCACAAACAUUCCUUCUCCUUGAAUGAUGUUGAAUCGAAACGUAUCAUUGUCAAUACCGUAACGACAGGGGCCCCGCUUGCUGGAUAUUCACGUGGCGGGUCCCUGAAACGGGUCAAGGGCAGGACCUUUUCCAUCCCACGAUCUGAACUUGCGAAAGUAGGAAGUGUGAUUGCAGGCUCCUCACCCGCUCCUCCUUCACGGCGUAAUAUCACUGAUCCUGCUGUGUUCCGUCGACCUCAGGCUGCCUCUCCGUCUGGACUACCCUUUCCCUCCUUUGACCAUCGUUCUCUGGCAAAUCCUCGCUCGGUAUCGCAGGAUUACAACCUUGGUUUGCGCGGUCAACGUCCACUGACUUCAGACGCCGUUGCUCUCUCAGCGUGGCAGCACUCUUGUCGAGCAGACAGUUAUUCAUACUCUUCUCUUCGUCGUCGUCCCAAGAGACACUCAAUUGCCGCCUCAGACCCCUCUUCCACCGUGAUCGGGUCGGACGACACACGCGUCUUCACCUCAAGUGAUGAGUAUGAGACUGACAUCCUGACUGACUACUGGGAUUCGAUCCGCACACGGGAGACCAGUGGCGACGGGCUGAAAGGCCUGCGUAUUGAAACGAUGUUUGACAAGGCAGGAGCGCGCCUGUCAAAUGAGCAAGUUGCGACCUUGGAGGAACUGCUUCCGCGGGGCUCCUUCGCUUCACGCAUGGAACAAGACCCUCCUCUCUUCCCGGAGUCUCUGACCUCCUCUGUGUCCCAAGUCCGUCUCAAUGAUAACGCAUCCAUUUCAGAGGGCGAGGACGACACUGGCAGCAUGAUUGGGGCCUUGCCUGGUGAGCCAGAUGGACCCCCGCAUCUCCAACCCCCGAAGACUGGGUCUUCAUCGAACCCACCAGAAGAACACAACCUUUGGUCUCCAUGUACCAAGCUCUCGGCUGCAUCUCCGGCCGGGGGCCCUCUUCCCAGCCAGAAAAUGAACAUUUUUGACUGGUCUGAACAGGCCCGGCCUGAUCGGGACCUGUCCGAUUCUGAAGCACGGCCCAGGACCAUGCAAGGGAAGCAAAGUGUUAUCGAUCGGGGCAGCCGUGCAGCCUGUCGUAAAGUUCCAUCCACAAUUCACCUUCGCAGUCAGAGUGUACCUGUCGCAAGAGAUCUCCCUGUCAAUGAGUCGCGUCAGUCAUCUGGCAAGUUCGGCACCUGGGGCCUGGGCAGCAAAGGAGUGAGUGAAGAUUGGGACAGUGACUUUGACUUUGAUGACGCAGAGGAGCCCGUGGUUAGCCAAGAGACCAACCCCACUGAUUCUGAAGAAGCGGCGAGCGUUGCGGCUCCUCAGAGCAUGAUGGUUCCCAAGGCCAUUCUCGAGCGUCAAGCCAGUCUUCGGGGGCAAUUUGGGCAAGUGCAAGAACUCACUCUGCUAGUAGAAGAGCUAAAGCGCCUCCGGCACCAAGCAAGUGUUCUGGAUCUCAUGGCGGGCCCAUCAAGUGAGCUGUGGAAAGAAGCGGAAGGGAUUGUGAAUCUUGCCACGAUUGACAAUGAAGAUGAUCACCGUUCUCCUCCCGGGUCGCCCUCGUCCCUGACUUUCAGCUUUGACGAUUCAGAUGACGAAGGUGGAAACUCUUCGUCAAAGCGCAACAGUAACAAUUCCUGGCAUGGUCCACCGCACCACGACGCUCCCCUUUACAACCCGGCGCUUCGACAACUCUCCAAGGACUCACCCAAAUCCAAAUCCGUCCUCGACCUACUCCAACCCAGUCACCCCGAGUCUUCCGGUUUGCCCAAUUUGACUCCAGCGCCACGCACUCAGAAGCUGCCCUUUGAUACUCAAUCUCUUCGCGAUCUCGUGGUCCGCGCUGGGGUUGUUACUCGUGCCCUCAAAGAAGUCAUCCGCAAAGCUGAAGGGGUCGACCCCAGCCCGCAGGACGCAUUCCCUUCCGAUCCUCCAUUCCGCCGAAUCUUUGAUCAACCUUCUCAUGACGACCUUGCAAGCUUCGAAGCUGCACUCGCCGAGAUGCAUUGA